AUGAACAUGAGUGGAGAGUUGAAGUCAAGCCGCUCCCGGGCAGCAAGUAAGAGAGCCAACAGCAGCAUUUAUGGAUCUGAGCUCGACCUGGACUACGACAGCUAUCACGAUGACUACUAUGACAGGGUGUAUGACUACCAGCGUGUGCCAGCUUCCAACUCUCCUCUACCUCUGGGACCCAGCCUGGCCAAGAGAUCCCGUUCCACCUCUUACUCCGCGGGGCACAGACGAGGCCGAGAGAGAACUCACUCCAAAAGCUCCAGAGCCCACUCCACCAGUUCAAACACAGCCAAGUUGGGGAUGGAGGAGUUGCAGGUGAUUAAAAAGGAGCUGACUCUGAUAAAGACACAGAUCGAUGGGCUGCUUGACAGUCUUGACAGGAUGGACACACAGAGGAAUGACCAUAAAGGGUCUCCCCUGAGAGAGGAGAGUCCAGUCGGCUCACCGUAUGCCGUGUCCGCAAGCAGCCCCGAGCAAUCCCUCUGUUCCCUUUCCCCACCCACCGCCCGCCACAGGAUCCACAGGGAGAGUCCCGACCUGAGGGUGCACGAUGACGACCAGCACACGAUGAGCAACCACAGCUCUGACCCUGAAGAGGAAAUAUGAGGGAGAAAUAUGAGAAAGCGUCGAAGAUUUGGAUCAAGUGCCAAACAUGGAGGAAGAGAAUAUGAACCUUCACCAAACACCAGAGAGCUUCACGUAGUCUGGGCAUAUCACAUCACAUUUACUUUUGUCACAUGAGCUUGGUUUCUCUCAGAUACACUAAUGCAGCUUACUCGUAAACACCAAACAAAGAUAAAUCGAACUGACAGGAAUUUGUCAGGUUGGCUUGAGAUAUUGAGAAGAAGAUACAUUUUAUCCACACAGCAAUUCUUAAGAACAACUGGAAGCAAUGUGAUGAGUUUUACCUCCCUACUUUAACUUAAUCUAUUUCUCUGUCUGAAAGAGUGGAUUUGCACGAACAGCAAUUUUCCACAAUGGAUUAAAAUGUCCCAGUGUAAAAGUAAAAAUGUUCAGCGCUUUAAAGUCUGCUAUAAUUUAACGUUUGAGUUUGCUUUGUUGUUUUUGUUUAGUUUUUUUCCAGAAAACAAGAACAACUAAGAACAAAUCUCAGCAAUACACUUUGCACACUGUGAGCGUUUUUGCCUGGGAAAAAAAAAAAAAAUUAAUACACUAUUGACAGAAAAUGUAUUUCAUCUUGUUUUGUUGAUGGAUAUAAUAUAGACACAUGGACUUUUUGUUGAGGAUAUAAAACAUCAUAGUUUGAAGCACAUACUAAACUAAAUUUAAAUAGCAAAUGUUCCCCAUGCUGUUUUCCACAUUGCCAUGGCGAUGCAUUCUGUAAUGGUUACGGGCCCUGGAAAGCAAAACAAUGGGUUCCUGACCAAAAUGUUACUAUGUGGAAAUUUGGGAGUAAGUUUAAUGUCACUGGAGAUCUUUAAAUUACCUUUGCUGAAUUAUGUCUUUCCUGCAAAAAGAAAAAUCUAUAAUGAGUCAUUAACAUUUUUUUAAUCCUCGGAAGUGACAUUCCUUAAAAAAAAAAAAAAAGAGUCUUUCUUUUUUUUUUACAUCGAGUUCAAGUCUUAUCAUUUAAAAUCCUUCCAAUUUAAUUUACUCAAUGAAUAAUUGCAGUCAUUUGCAGAAUGUGGUCAUGCUGGAAUAAUAUGCAUAUGUCCAUAAAAGUAAAAAUCCACUGUUUCUUAAAGGAAUCUCAAAUGAAAUAUUUGGGAGUUUUUUUUAAAGAAAUUGUGAGCCUCAAAGAGUUAGGAAUUUAUCUGAGGAGUCCUUCAGGUGAGAAAAAUGUUUCCUGUUUUUAGAUUAGACAUUAGAGUAAUGUGACAAUUCUCUUCUUCUAUGUUUUUGCACUGGAAGAUGUGCAAAGGCCCAGGUCAGUGUGUAAUAUUGCGUAUUAUUGUAUACUUUACUGUAAUUGUUUAGCUGUCUGAUUUAAGAUUGCUUUAGUACUUCUCAUUUGUUAAUUUUUUUACAGGAGAGUAAUGUUGUAAUUAUAUAAUUCCUAUGGUGUUGCGGGUUCCUGUUUGCAUUGUCAAGAUAAGCCAAGUGAAAAUACUCAUUGUCUCUGUAGUAAAGUAUUUUCAUAUUGAGCAUAAAGCUGAUAUUGUUGGGUUUUUAUUAUAAAAGGAGGAGACAAAAAGAGGAUAAGAGUGGAAGUGAUGGGUCUUCCUGUGAAGGAUACAUACUUGUUUUGUAACGAUGAUGAUAAUAACAAUAAUAAUUGCAAAAAUUCAACAGACUAGGAAAACUAUUAAAAUAAAACCCUUAUCUCAAUUCAAUUGUAUGAAUUAUAUGAGUAAAGGAACUUGAGGAAGCUGACAAAAUAUUGCCUAGUCAAAGUGUGGCCUUCUUACAAGAAUAAGAACAAAAAUAAACGUUUAAUAAAGAAGUAUGUACUUUUUACAGGCACUCACCCUUCUGGUUUAUGUCAGUGGGGCUAAUCUCACAUUGUUAUUAAAAAAGGAGGGACAUCACUUUCAGUUACCUGCAGCAAAGGGCACAUCUAGAAGGUAAUUAGCUCCAAACUGGAAAUACAGUUAACUGUCUCAUGACUAAUUCUAUUGGUUGCCUGAUUUAUUUAUUUUUUGCUGCAGAAUUGAACAGCAAGUUUGUCCUUCUGCCCCAUUUUCCAAUACAUUUUUAACUCUGAGUCUGUAUAUGGCAGACAUUCAUUAUAAUUUUGUGUCGUUCACUGUGCAAAGACAGUAAACAGAGGGGGAAAAAGACAGAAACAGAACAAAAAGUACUUUUUUUUUUACAUCUGAAAAAUCUGUUUAAUCAGAUAUACCUGAUAUCAGCCCGCAGAAGACUACACCACAAUAAUUUUGACUUAUCACACGG